AAGAAUACUCAGUGUCAAGUUAACCGUGGCCGUGGAAGGUCAGUGCCGUUGUUCUCUGGAUCGUAUCCCGAGUCAAACGUAGUGUGUGUGAGACGCAUGUUCAGUCAGUUCCACUAAGUUGCAUUGCAUCAAAGUGAUAUUAAUAUAUAAGUGUUCGUGGAUAGAUAGGAGAUUGCUCGAGUUUUUUACCUUUAGGUUAAUCGCGAAUUACCUGGAUUUUAUCUCAAAGCAGGUGUGGAUUUUUUAAAACCACGUGGGAAGGACGGAGAGGAGAGGAGAGAGAAGUGGUCGUCAGCUGAGGUAUUUAUUCUUCAAGAAGAAGAACGAUCGUCUCUGCGUGAACGUUGUCCAAUCUGAUAUACGGAAAUGAAGUCUUAGAAGAAGAGGGGUUAAAGGUGGCUUCCCCAGUCCACUACUCCCCCACCCCACUCCCCCCUCCCUAUCACUCAUCCAUGAAGAAGUCCCGGGGCAUCAGAUCCACCAUGAACUACUACAGCGACGCCGUCGGUAGCUACCCAGAAGACGAUUCCUCCUCCUACUCCCAGAAUUACCCCCCUAGCUACAACAGUUAUACCCAAGACUACCACAGCUACCCCACAGCCCCUAGGGACUAUCCCAUGAGAUCGCUGAACAGAGACUAUCACCAUAGCUCCAGGGACUCGAACGACAGCCCCAGGAGCUAUCAGGGGGAUACCAGGGAUCCCAGGGAUUCCAGGGAUCCCAGGGAUCCCAGGGAUCCCAGAGACCCCAGAGACCCCAGGGACUACCAAAACGGCCCGAUUCGGUACCCCGACGCGCCCCUGACGGAGUACCAGAACGGCCCGAGGGACUUCCACCACCCGAGGGACUACCGCCACGAGCCUCCGGACUACCACAGUGGGAUGCGGGAACACCACCACCCCCACCCCCAGGACAGCCCCAGGAAUCGUCACAUUGGUGCUACUAAAGACUACUCAGAUGGUGCUAGGGACUACAGCGAGGGUGCUAGGGACUACUCCACGGGGCCGCGGGACUUCAGAAGGCGAGAACGGGACUACCAGGGGCAGCAGCGGUACAGCACGAGUCCGAGGCCGCGGUACAGGACCGCAGAGGACUACCACUACGAUUACCGAGGCGGUUACCGUCCCGGGCUGGACCCCGACCCGCGCGACGGGUACACCACGGACGGGAGCGGGUCCGGUUACCGCGAGGGAAGUAUCCGGGGGUACGAGAAUUACCGGUAUCCGGAAAACGAAGCUUUACUGCCCAGGGAUAGGUCGCCGUAUACAUAUCAGGCCAAUGGCUCUACUUAUACCAAAGCUGUCUUAAGGAAGAUUAAAGGGGAGACAGGAGGGGAGAAGCAGCCGUUCCUCGGGGGCGUCGAGCCCGUGCGCCUCACGCCCUCUUGGGAGAACACCAAUCUCCCCAAGGAGGAGCUCAACUUCAAGAAUGUCAACACCUUCGAGACUUUCGAGGUCGACAUGGAACCUCCUAAAGACAGGUAA